UUUUAGCAACCCUGCAAGAUGUGCAUUUGAGUGAGCGGCAUUUACAUUUACGAGUACUCGGAUCCGAGCAACUCGGAUAAACACUACGAGUAGAAAUGUGAAGGUUUAGAUUUGUAUGAGCAGCUCGUAUAGUUUGGAAAUUUUAAAAAUGGCUCCCUCCAAGAAUAAACGAGCUGCUGUCGCGUUAAUAUUAUUAAAUAUUCUAAAAAAAAGAAGAGAAAAGAAAAAGGUUACACAGAAUAGAAGCAUCUGGGUGAAACCACAUUUACAAGAGCGUCACAGAGUGGGUAUUGAGCAAACUUUGCUCACUGAUUUACUAGCACAAGACGGAAACGAUUUUAAAAACUUUAUGCGCAUGGAUUAUGACACGUUUAUGAUGUUACAAGACAAGGUUCGUUUAGACAUCGAAAAACAAGAUACUUACCUGCGAAGUUCUAUAAGUUCUGAGUUACGUCUUGCAAUAACAUUAAGAUUCCUUGCAACUGGAGAUAGCUACAGGUCCUUAGAAUACUUAACAAGAGUAUCAGCUUCUACAAUUAGUUUACUUGUCCCUCAUGUAUGUCAAGCUGUCUACUCACACUUGCAGCCAGAAUAUAUGAAGGUACCUUGCACUGAAGAUGACUGGAAAAAAAUUGCCGACGAAUUUAGAAACAAAUGGAACUUUCCCAACGCUACUGGUGCUAUAGACGGAAAACAUAUUGAAAUAGAAGCUCCCCCAAACGCAGGAUCUUAUUACUUUAAUUAUAAAGGCAGACAUAGUAUCGUUCUUUUAGCUUUGGCAGAUGCAGAAUGUAAUUUUUUAUAUAUAGAUGUUGGGUGCAAUGGACGCAUGUCGGAUGGAGGUAUAUUCAAAAAUUCUACCUUAUAUAGAUUAAAAAUUAUUUAAAAACAUUAGAGCAUUUUUAAUCUGUUUUUAACUUGUCUUGUCAUAUUUUAUAUAAUUUUGACCAUUGUACCAUGUAUCCAGCUCUCACCAUGUUACUGGACGUUUCCCUCAUCCUAUACAAACAAACAACAAUUAGCAACAUCCUC